AUGGCACCCUUACACCGAGCCCUUAUCGGCCUCAUACUCACCACCUUCUACCUUACCAUCCCAGUGACAUCCCUGAACGUCCUCAAAUCCUCCAAAUGUGCCGCCGAAUGCGGCGAACGAACAAAUACCCUCGCCAGCGACCUAGUCUGCCCAGACUCCUCCUUCAAUACCUCCGCAGACGGCCUCACCAUGAAAAACUGCCUCCUCUGCCUCAGCACAGGCACAACCUACAUCAGCGACGAACAAAGCGAUACCUGGAGCUUUCUCUUCAACCAAAAAUACACCCUCCAAACCUGCCUCUUCGACCGCUCCCCCGACACCUCCCUCUCCGGCUGCGAGGACAACUGCCUCCCCCUCCGAUCCAUCUUCAAGAAUUUGUGGUACAAGACAAACCACACCGACAAGACGUACGACUACUGCUCCGAUGUGUUUACGCAGUAUGCAGGCGACUGUGCGUCGUGCCUACGGGCGAAAUCGGGGUCCGUGAUUCUGGGGAAUUUUAUGGAUACGAUGGAUUCGGCGUGCGAGACGAAGCCGGAUGUGUCGAAGGGGGAAAUUGUUACGCUGAGGAGGUCGCUUUUUGACACUACUGUUGCUUCUCCUUCUGCGAGUGCGAGUGCGAGGGGGACCAAGACGGGAACGAGUACGGCGACGGCGACGGGAGGAGGUGGAGAUGAGGAAGGAGAUGGUUCUUUGGGGUUGUCGACGGGGGCGAAGGCGGGAAUUGGGGUUGGGGCUGGGGUGGGUGGGUUAAUGGUUUUGGGGGCUGUCGCUUGGGGGUUGCUUGUGAGGAGGAGACGGGGUGCUGGGAAGGGGGAUGGGUAUGCGUAUCAGCCGCCGGCGGAGCAGGGUGCGCCGUAUACGGGUGCUGGGGUAGGUUCGUAUAGUGCUGGGGUGGCGGUUGAGCAGGUUAAGGAACCGGGGGAGUUGGAGGGUGGGGGAAGGGUGGAUGCGGAGUUGGAUGGUACUGCGAAGGGACAUGCGAAUGGAAGGGCUAAUGCGGUGGAGUUGCCUUGA